CGCGGCCAUGAUGCUUCGCGAGUGUGCAUAUCUCACUUUACAUGAACGGCCAUGGAGGUGUACGCUGCUUCGGAUGGCAGCCUGAUCCAGCUACAGAAGCAGCUGGCAGAGUAUGACUCUCUUGCUCAGCUGACGUAUGAUGUCGCCACCGCUGCCGGCUUGACCGAGACCGAUGUCCUGUUGUUCCUUGAGAACGGAUCCGAGCUCAGGGAUGAGACUAUACAGUCAGCUUGGGAUAGAGGAGGUGGGGGCUCGGCCAGUCAGGCCCAGACUACUCUAUAUCUCUUCAACCGAGCUACAUUUUGGACAGAUGCCGAGACUUGGGCUGCCCAGCUUCAGGAGGAGGUCGAGAUGCCUCCUCAGUUGAAUCUAUCUGCACUCUCGGAUAUCCCUCAAGCGCAACAUCCGUUUCUCCUAGCGAUCGACCAUCUGUCCCACCUUCAAUCCUUAUUCACGGCUCAAUCGAGAGCGAUCAAGAUAGCCUACGACAAUCUGAAUCAUCAUCUAGCGCUAUUGGAUAAGGAAUUCAAUAGGUUCACUCAGCAUGCGCAAGCAGAAUUGGCGACUGAAGCGAGUCUUCUGCGUCACUCCAGAACGGACAUGGCCAUUCUACCCAAGAUCGUCAUCCACGAGUCGUUUCUGAGGAAGAAGGACAAGGAGGGACCAACGACGCUAGCGGAUUAUAUCAGUGCCAGAAAGAUGGAACAGGUUCGAGAGACAUGCGAGGCAUCCCACGAAGACCACUUGACCCGAUUUGAAGGCAUCGUCCAGCAGAUCGAGGAGCUGGAAGCUCAUUCUGACGCGGAGAGACGAGCAUUCCAUUCACGAACGCAGGUUGUAGCGCAGGAGUUUGCCGAAGGGCUCGAGAAGAUGGAGCUGGCGGUGCAUAGGGUUGAGACGUUGUUGACUGGGACGGCAUCUGAGGGAGCCGCGCACGACCUAAUGGAACUGGACAGGGCCAUGCGAGAAGACCUAGUGACAUUGAUAGCAGUCAAGAACGACUUCACCCUCGAGGUACACCUGCAUAUUCAUCAAGUCGCACAGUUUCAGAUCCGGAUUACCCAAAUUGCGCCACCUCUCGGUCAGUUGGAGAAAGAUCUCAAGACCAAGUCUGCAUUCCCACAUUUGCAUCGCCUGAACCAACUGCCCUUCGCAUACGGUGUCAGCGUGCUCGAGGUGGUCCGUCGUAAGGAGUUUUCCGGAGCCCUUAUCCACUGGGUGGCCAAAGUGCAAAGGGCUUUAGACGAUUUCCUGAGACAGGAGUGCGAACGUCGACUGAAAGUUCAAGAAGAGAUCCUGGUUCAACUGCCCUGGCAGAUCACGGUGUUGGAGGAGUCGAUGAAUGUCCACGUCGAGACGGAGGUUGAGGAUGGAGUUGAGGCUUUGGCGAAGGUAGACAUUACUUCUGCGGAUGUCGACACGCUGAUGCAGUCAUUCGAAAGGCUUGCAUCAGACAAGGAUAUCGCCUCUACUUUUAAGACUAUCGACGUCAACCCUGUCAAUCACCUCUGCGAUAAGCUGAAGAGCGUCAUAGCCACCUCCAUAUCGCCGGAUCAAGAACUGGAAAAGAUUGCUAUUGGACUCAUCCCAGAGCCAAAGGCCGAGCGGCCUGACCAGUCUCUGUCGACACAGCUGCGUAUCGUCGAGCAAGAACGCGCCGAAGCACAAGCUCAGUUGGCUCUUUUGCAAAAAGUUCACGAUGCGAAACUUCGGGAGAUGGCAGAUGUGCAUGAAGCUCGUGAAACAGCGAUGCAUAACCGUCAAGCCGAGCUACAAGAUGAACUCGUACGAUUGAGAACGGAUCUGGGAGAGGAAAUGCUCGCACGACAAGCUCUCUCGACCCAGCUGCAGCAGAAAAAUGACGAAGACGAGACAGGCGUUGCGCUGCAAGCCGAACUGGUUCAAGAGAAAGAUCGAGCGACGGAUCUCGGUGUCAGGCUUCAAGAGGCCCUGCUGGACAUCGAUGGCCUUCGCAACGCUGAAGAGACUCUCAAUUGCAAGAUCGAGACUUUGCAGACUGAACGACUCCACACACUACAGGAGCUCUCCCAGAGCCAGGGAGAGGUGCAAGAUCUAAAAGCUCGCCUUGCAGGAUUAUCGGCAGAACUGGAGGCUAGCAACAACCAGCUCGGUCAAGCUAUCCGAGAGCGUGAACUAGCUCAUCGCAAUCAGUCGACAGAGGCAGAGAAGCUUAUGCGAGAUCGCAUCGCCGAAGCUGAUGGGGACAGAGCCGUGUUGGAGCAUCAAAAUCUCACUCUCACCAAAGAACUCAACGAUCUGCGUAUACAGACCGAAGAAAAGCUGUCUGCUGCAAGGAACGCAGCUGUCAGGCAAGCAGAUGGUCUCAAAGCGGAGUUACAGCUUGUUCGAGCCCAAUUACGGGAUAUACAACGGCGUGAAACACUGCUGGCCGAUGAGUUGGCCAUGUCAAAGGACGCAGUCACUGCGUCAAGCGUACAGAACGGAGCGUCCGAUUUGCUUGUCAACAGAUAUUACGAAUGCUGCCAACGACUGCUGAACGCUAUCAACUCUUCUUCGACUAUCAACGGUCUCGCCUCCCGUAGCAAGGCUGCUUCUGCAGUACUCGACGUAGCUGCAGCCGCUGGCUCAGCCGCCAGCUUUGAUCUCGUUGCUUUCGACGAGGCAGUGACGAGGACUAUUAGUCUGGUGAAAAAGUGGUCCAAGAGCUGCAAAUCGUAUAGGGAUCUCGCGAGAACAAGGAUCAGCUACAACAACUUCCAGCGGGGUGAUCUUUGCCUGUUCCUGCCGACCAAGAACGUGGCUGCGAAGGCUUGGGCAGCAUUCAAUGUUUUUGCUCCGCAUCACUUUCUGAAGAUGACCGAGGCCAUUCGGGCUCAGUCAUUGAAUCGAGACUUCAUAUUGGCUAGGAUUGUAGACACGGAAGAGGCUGUCGCCGGCGGUGGUGAUUACUUUGCGAACAAUCCGUACGGUCUCGCGGAAGGACUUCGAUACUAUGUGCAUGAGGUGGAAAUAUACGACCCUCAGGCGAUUCGAAAUACUCCUCGCCGUACCACCUCUGGCCAGAGACCGAUCAUACCGCGGGCAAGCUCCACCGAUCCUUCGCCUUUCACACCUACACCUAUGAAGCCAGGUCCAAUAUCUCGACAAGAUUCCCAGCAUUCACCGACAGGUAUUCGGCGAGAGUCAAUGUCCAGUGCCGAGUCCCUCGCUCAAUCACCGACGAGGACAGAGACUGCUCCAGAACCCCUGUUGCAAGAACCUUCCCACAAGCUGUCGCCCGUCUCAGAAGCAGGUACGACCCUUCAAACAGCGCCGUUUGCCGUGGGCCACCUGCGCGGCCCAUCCAACCAAAGUUCUCUCCGUAUGGCCGCCAAAGUGGCUCCUUCCUCGCGCGAAGGUGCUGCUGUAUUCGCUCCGUCUGCCCAGGGUCGUCCGGCAUCCGUGGCGUCCACUUCUUCAAGCAAUGUCCGAUCUGUGUCCACGACCAAAGCUGCACCGGCCAUGGCAGUGACGACUUCCAAUCAAUCCUUAUCUCCUGGCCAGCGGUCUUCACCUUUGCCCGUCAUGCGACGAGUUUCCCGCAAGACGUCGACGACGUCUCUCAGUCCACACAGUGAUGAUGUCUUUCGACCCUCUCCGCUAGGAACAACGCCUCCUGUCGAGACCAACAUCAACGUCGCUGCAUCGUCAUUUCAAACAUUAGGUGCAAGUCCAGCUGGAAGUGCUAGAGAGUCAUUCGAUAAGCAACGUAAGCUGUCUUCUAGCCCGAGCGGAUUGAUCGGAUCCAAACUGUUGUAUGGUCUAACGGGAAAAGGACGAGCUCCGAUCCCAGCAUCACCCGACAAACCGUCAGCAGUUGACAUGUUGAAAAAGCUGGGCGGGGGCGGGGCGUAGGUCAUAGAGGUGCGUUUGUGCAUCACGGCUA